CACAAGUCGGCACACUUUCGACUUUGAAACAUCCAACACUCUCCACGAUACAACCAACUUCUCUUCCAUCGUUGGAACCUGUUGUUCACAGCCAACAGUCUUCUGGCCUUGCUUGUGGAAUCCAACGCAGACAACGCUCCAACGACAAACAUUACUACUUCUAGCACAACGCCUGCCUCUCAUAUAGCAGUAGCUGGCGUGGCCCAGUCUCAUUGUCACUCACCUCCAUCGUCACCACAACCGCCCAUCACUAUAUCACCCUCGCCAUGACACAAUAUCCCAUCGCAAAUCCGGGCCCCGGCCGCCCACGCAAAGCAGGAGGGUCGUGGACCGCACAAGAGAACUCGAGACUCGUCUGGCUCAUCAAGCGGUAUCCCAACCAGAGCCAGCUCCACUGGGUCGAGAUCGCCCGCGAACACGGCACCCGAGAUGCAAAGCAGUGCCGCGAGCGGUGGGACAACCACCUCAAGCCCGGCCUGAACAGGGACAAGAUCACCCCCGAGGAAGGUGAAGAGAUCAUGCGGUGGGUUGCCCUGAAUGGCAACAAAUGGGCCCCUCUGGGCCGCCACUUGGGCCGCCCCGAGAACAUGGUCAAGAACUACUAUUACCAGGAGAGCAAGAAGUCCGAGCGCGAGCGCCUCAAGAAGGAGCGUCAAGAGGACCGCCGCCGCGACUCCCACUCCAGCGCCCUUCCGGCGUCGGUCCCCAUGUCGCGGGAUAACUCAGGCAACGCCGCAUACCCGUACGGACGACGCCCGCAGUCCCUGUCGCCAGUGUACACACCAGCCAACUACAACAGCUACCGGACCGCAACAGCCCCGGCGUACCAGCUAGACCAGCAGAUGUACCUGCUGUCAAACCAGACUCACUAUCACCACUACCAAUCGCGACGCACCAGUGUGGCGUCCAACGCAACCAACCCUCCCUCUCUGGCCUCAGACCACGGCUCUCCCGCAGAGUCACCCCGUGCCGGGGCAGAGCUGCCAUACCCCCCGGGACAGUUCUCGCUCCCGUCAGCGUCAGCCUUCCCACCACAGCCCGUGGAGACGGCACUGCCCUCCCCCCACGAGCUCGUCGAGGGCGCGCCCGCACACAAGCGGUCGGAAUCCUGGGGCUCAACAUACUCUGCUCAUCACAGCCCCAACGUCCUGCCAAUCCCCACCGGGUUCACGGACGCCCAGAGGCUGCACUCCAUGCAAUCGGCCCAGGACGCCAGGCCUUUUCCCGUCGACAACAUGCGGUUAGCCCGGCCUUCUUGCGACCACAGAUGGUCAGCACCCCGGCCGUCGGCCCCAGAGAGGCCCCAGCAAGCGCUCUCAAUCCCAUACAGGCCCCAGCAAGCGCCCUCAACCCCCAAGAAGUCCUCGGAUCCCCGCCUGUCUAUCUCGAAUCUGCUCUCUUGAAGAAGAAUCACAAGGGAGACUCAGGCUCACACAAUCUCCUAUUCUACCCCACCGCUCAACUAGUCGGUUUUCUCUGAGAGACCUGAGAUCUUUUUGCUAUUAUUGUGUGUCUGGUCAAGAUUGUGGACCAGUGAUGAGUACGAUUAGUCUUUUGGGUAUUGAUAUUACUGUUGUUUGGCGUUACUAAAGACGGGGCCCCUUCCAGGGGCUGUCAGCGGCGUACCGGUCUACCUGCAGGAGAAUCAAAUUUUGGGAUGGUUAUUACUGCAUAGCGUGGGAGUUCACGGUCUGGUGGGGAAAAAAAAAGGAAAUUCCAGGUCGGCGGCGACUUGAGGAGAGGGAAUUGGACCACCCUGUUAUUUUUUCCUUCCCGCUGUACACUCAUUACAGUGGGUUCACUCAACUUUGGGGGGAGAGAAAGAAGGAUAGGGGUCGGGUCAGGCCCCUUCAUGAUACCCGCCUGCCCUGAAUGAUGCCACUUUUGGAACGCCCCUGAGCGUGUGCCUCUUUUUUUGCGAGACAGGAAAAAAAAAGUCCAGCGCAACGGCCUUCACGGCUUCUUGCUACAGACUCUUAGCUCUAGCGGAACCUACCUAGUAUCUUGUUUAAUUCGUGAAUAAUACAACAUUCUAAUAGUC